AUGGCCCACCAAUCCCCUCUCAUCUCGAUCCCACGCAAGACGACAAGUGACGCCGACUGGGCCGGACCCAUUCGGUCCACAAUCGCGCACUCGUUCGGCGAGGCUCCUGACUCGUACGCUGAGGAAAUCGCUAUCCUCCAGCGAUGCCGCCAGGAUGCUGUGCGCGGCGCAAGCUCGGACACAACGGCGCGUGACCUGCUGUACAAGUACUUCGGGCAGCUUGAGUUACUCGAGCUCCGGUUUGCAGAGGUAAAGGUGUCAUUUGCAUGGCAUGACGCGUUCACAAACAAACUCACGACCCAAACCUCUCUCGCAUUCGAGAAGGCAUCUAUCAUCCACCUCCUUGCCAGCGUGCUCUCCUCGCUCGCCGCUUCGCAGUCCCGCGCCGACCCCGAAGGCCUCAAGCGCGCGUACUUCAACUGCCGUGCCACCGCCGGUAUGCUCACUUACAUCAACGAGAACUUCCUUCACGCUCCUUCGACCGACUUGAGCCGCGACGUCGUGCACAUCCUAAUCAACUUGUCGCUUGCGCAAGCGACCGAGGUGUUCAUGGAAAAGCUCGUUGAUGAGAAGAAGGCAGCGGGGCUCAUCGCGCGCACAUCCAACCAGCUCGCGACAAUGUACAAUAGCCUCUCAGACGAGAUCAAAGAGUUUACGGGCAAGGGCGUGUUCGACCGGUCGUGGAUGCGCCUCAUUGAGGCUAAAGCCAAGCUCUUCUCAUCCAUCGCUCAAUACCAGAAGGCCAAGGCCGACUCGGCGAGUGGCAAGUAUGGCGUAGCGCUGGUGCGGUACAAGAAGGCAGACGAGGACGCCAAGGACGCUCUGCGUAUCGCGCAGGGGUUCGCGUACCAGAUCAUAUCGGGAUCUGACCCCACACUGCCACAUGACGCCGGCACGUCCAUUGUCGAGAUUGCAAAGGUCCACGCCGCGGUUGUUGAAGAGGACAAGAAGCAGGCCAUCAAGGACAACGACCUCAUCUACCACGAUGCCCUGCCACCCGAGGCAUCGCUUCCGGCUAUCGACAAGCUCCCCCCCGCAACUCCCGUCGUCAUCCAGGAAGUGUACCAGAGCCCAGACGUGUCCAAGCUCAUCGGGCCAGACAUCUUUGCACGCCUCAUCCCGCUCGCGGUGCACGAGUCUGCGUCGGUAUACUCGGAGGAGAAGGCCAAGCUUGUGCGGGGCGAGGUCGAGCGUGUCGAGCUUUCCGAGGUCGAGGUGCGCGCGGCGCUUGAGCACCUCGGCUUGCCAGCUGCGGUGAACGCGUGGCGCAGAAUGGCCGACGGCGACGACGCGGACGCGGAUGUCGAGGUGUCGUCCGAGCUUGUGCGCAUCGCGAGCGACUUGCAGCGCUCGGGCUCAACCGACGCGCGCGUGCGCAACGUCGAGACCGAGCGGCAGCGUGUCGAGCGGGAGCUACAGGAACUGACGGCGCACCUCGACAACGAGAGCCGAGAGUGCGAGCGUGCGCGCUCCAAGCAUGCUCCGAACUUUACGCAGCCGCCCAGUGGUCCGCAGACUGCGUCGUUCCGGCAGACGAUCACUGCCAAUCUGUCGGCGGUGUCAAACGCCGCGACGAGCGACUCCCAGCUCGCCAAACUGUGGGCAGAGAUCCAGCCGGAUAUGGCAGUGCUUCAAGCCGGGCCUGACGCGCUACGUGCACAGGCGCGCGACGUCGCACUGGGCAAGACACAGACCGUGCAGCCUGCUCCAGGCGAGAGUCUCCUAGACUUUGCGGACGAGGAGCAGGUGCGGCCGCAACUUGACGCGGCGGAGGCGGACGCCCUGCGCGCUGCAGCCAAGGAGGCUGGGGACAAGUUGGACCGCUUGUCCAAGGUCCGGACGGAGCGUGACGAUGUCCUCAAGGAUCUGAAGGCCAAGAUCCAGAGCGACGACGUGUCCAAUCUCCUACUCCUGAACCGGCGUAGCAGCAAUGUAGAGCCCCAGCUCUUCGCGGCCGAGCUGGAGAAGUUCCGUCCGUACCAGAGCCGCCUCGGCAGCGCUCUGACCGCAAGCAAUAGCCUCACCUCGGAGCUGGAGGCAAUCGUGCAGAAGGUGGAGCGUGGUCGUGGUGUGCGGGAGCGUAAUCGUGGGGCGAAGGAAAAGGCGUCCCGUGUCAAGAGCUGGGAACGCCGCCUGCAACGUGCUGGCGCGACCCACGGCGAAGUGGCGAACGGCCUUGCCCGCGCAGAGGGGUUCUACGCGUCCAUUGAGGAGGUGAUCUCCGACCUGCGCCGCGAAAUCCGCUCCUACGUAGGCGCGCGCAACACCGAGCGUAACAAGAUGGUCAGCGACAUCGAGAUGCGUAACCGUAUCGGGGGGAGCGUUCGGUCUUCAGUCAGCCCCGCCGCAUCGCCACCUCCCCCGCUACCGCCGCAGGCCCUCUCAGCUCAAUUCGGCGGCCUCUCCCUUGGGAGCAGCCACCAGUCCCCACCGAAUGCUCCGUCCCCUCCAGCCAACCCAUACGACUUCUCGUCCCUCAGCCUCCCGAGCGCAUUCAGCACCGCGCCCUCGCCACCCAAGCCAUACUCAGCGGCUAAAGCCCCCUCGCCACCCGCGAAACCAUCUUACCCUUCCUUCCCGAGCGGGCGCACCAUGUCGCCAUACCCCGCCCCACCCCCGCCCCAGCCGCAGCGCCAGUAUUCCUCGGCCUAUCCCACGCCUAGCCAGUACCAGGCUGGCAACCAGGCUCCAUACCCACCGCCUCCUACUGGCCCCGCCUACCCUCCUACCUCGGGCACGACGCCCUACCCUCCCCCUACCUCCGGCUCGGCAUUCCCUCCUCCUCAUACUUCGAACUCGGCUUUCCCGCCGCCCCCGCCGCCCCCACCCUCGCGCUCCUACCCCACGACGGCCGGGUACUCGUCCUCGGCCCCAGCUCCACCCUCCGUUCCGCAGCACAGCUACCCGGGAUACACGCCGCCGCCGCCGCCGCCGCAGAGGCCGACAUACGCGCCGUAUCCCCCUCCACCUGGGCAGCCUCAGCAGUCAUACGGCCAGCCUCCACAGCAGUACGGUCAGCCGCAGCCUCCACAGCAGUACGGUCAACCGCAGCCUCCACAGCAGUACGGCCAGCCUCCACAGCAGUAUGGCCAGCCCCAGCAACAGUACGGCGGACACCGGUACUAG